UGUUCUGAGAAAGGUUCGUGGGUAACGAAAAAUUAAUACAAUUAGUUUACAAAACAGUUACUAUAAAAAUACAGGAAAAUGAUAAGGCUUGUGAAGAAAAACAUUUUAUCUUGUUCUCAGAUGGGAAAAUAUUUUACAAGGACAUUUUCUACUAGUAGGACAUUCUAUUUGGAGGAAAAAUAUCUAGAAAUAAAGGAAAAUAAUGGAGUAAGAACAUUGAUAUUAAAUCAUGCUCCUUCACGAAAUUCUUUAUCCUUGGAAAUGUUGAAGUCUCUAGUGGCCAGUAUAAAAAAAGAUGAAAAUGAUAAAAAUUUUCGUUCUAUAGUUCUUCGAUCUGGGCUAGAAAAAAUAUUUUCUGCUGGACAUAAUUUAAAAGAAUUGACUGCUAAUAAUGGGAAGUACCACAAGGAAAUCUUUGAAACUUGCUCAGAGUUAAUGCGAACAAUUACUCAAAGCCCUGUUCCUAUAAUUGCUGCUGUAGAUGGUACAGCAACUGCAGCAGGAUGUCAAUUAGUGACUGCAUGUGAUAUUGCUAUUUGUACUGAAAAGAGUUCAUUUUCUACACCAGGGGCCAAUCUUGGAAUAUUUUGUUCUACACCAGGUAUUCCCUUAGUUCGAAAUGUAUCCAAAAAAACAGCAAUGUAUAUGCUCUUUACAGGUUCUCCUAUUAAUGGUAAUGAAGCAUAUAAAGCAGGACUUGUAAGCAAAGUUGUGCCAAAUGAUAAACUUGAAGAGGAAAUUGAAAAAAUCACCACAGCUAUAAAUAUGAAAAGUCGUUCAGUUUUGCAUAUUGGAAAAACAUUUUUGUAUGAGCAACUGGAUCUUGAUACAGCAACUGCAUACUUCUUGGGAACAGAAAACAUGGUCAAUAAUUUAAAAAUGAAAGAUGCUCAGGAAGGAAUCAGAAGUUUCAUUGAGAAGAGAAAACCUGUUUGGACCCAUGAUUAUGAAAAAGAUUAA